UCAUAAAUCCUAUUGCCACAUUCGUAAACAAUCGCAUGAUUUCUGUUUUCAUCCAGAGUUCCUAAUAAAAAUAUAACUAAAAAUAAUAAAAAUAUAAAUAAUAAUAAAAUGGAUUAUAAUAUUCAUAAAAUAUGUCGGGUCUGCCUAGAAGAGGGUGCUCUUACGUCCAUUUAUAGCACUGAAUUUGCGAUGAUGCCUUGCACAAUGUUGAUGAUGUGCGCUAAAAUAAGGGUUUAUAAAAGUGAUGGUUUACCGGCAGUUAUAUGCAAUAAUUGCAUUUAUCGAUUGGGCGUGGCGUAUCAUUUCAAGCAGGAGUGUGAGAACUCCGAUAUGAGACUGCGGCAGUACCUGGGUCUGCAAGACCGAGGAUACGGUUGUUGUGAUGCCGAGACUAAUACAGACUUGCCUAUUACAUCAUUGGGUAAUAAAACCCACACAUUUUUGGAACCUGAUUCUGAAGACGAAUCGGAUGUGGGCGAUAAUGUGAAAAAGAAUAAGCGCCGUUCACGUUACCAACGCAAACCGCCUGAAGAGCAUAAGCGACGUGGUCCAAAACCCAUACCUAAACUACCCCAAACAUGUUUUGAAUGCAAUAAGACCUUCAAAUGCGCCGCACAAUUGCAGAUGCAUUUGCGCACACAUACUGGCGAGAAGCCAUUUGCUUGCAACUAUUGUCCUCGACGAUUCGCGCAAAAGUACAAUCUGCACAUACAUCAGCGUACACAUACCGGCGAGCGCCCAUUUCAAUGUGAGAUUUGCUCUAAACAAUUUUCUGCACUGGGCAAUUUUCAGGCGCAUCAAAAGAUACACACUGGCAUACGUGAUCAACUGUGUCCGGUAUGUCAGAAGGCCUUCUACAGCGCCGGCGACCUCUCUAAACAUAUGGUCACACACACACAGUUAAAGAAUCACCAUUGCGAUAUAUGUGGCAAAUCAUUCAGCCGGCAACGUGAUAUGCAAGCUCACAAACGAAAACAGCAUGCACUACAAGAGCGAAGCGAAGAUGACGAGGAUGAGGCAGUUGACACCACUUGUCCUGAACCGGUGGUAGUAGUCGGUGGUACAGUGCCCGAUAAUAUAGUGCCGGGCACUUCCGUACUUCACGAAAGCUUCAAAUGUCCCGACUGUGAUAAAGAGUUUAGUUCGGCGAGUAGCUUAAGUGUCCAUUUUCGCACGCACGCCAAUAGUAAUUUGUUGAAUUUGCCACUAACCACUCAAAUGCCACAUCAUUAUCAUGCACCACCACCGCCUCCUCCACCACCAACGCAUGGUACUCUCACUCACGACGGCCUACAUCACACGCAUCAUUUGUCGUUAAACACGCCACUGCAACCCAACCAUCCAACACAUAUGGCACAUCAUCCGUCUAUGGCGCAUAUGUUGGCAGCAGCGCAACCUCCACCUCCACCGCCCCCAACGCCAUCAGCGCAAAGUAGUGCCACACUAAGUAUGAUGCAUGCAGCACAGCGGUUGCAUCCAUUCUAAAAAGACUGAGACGGAACGCAUUAAACACUAAAAAAUGUGGUGAAUAUUUUUUUAAAAUAAAAGGUUGCCCGCCGAGGGGAACUUUAUCACUUCUACUCUAAAGCUUAGUUGCAGACAAAUUACUACAAAUGCUGUGUGUACAAACCGAAAAGGGCAUCCGCUGCUAAUAAAUGUAAGCGAGGCAUCAUUAUAGAAAGAGCAAUAUUUUGAAAUACCCUUUGCGACAUAUUGCAAAAAGCUCUGAUCCCGGUUGAGAUGGUAGGUCGCAGUUGACCCCUCCAAAACGGCUAUCAAUAAGAAAAUGUAAAAUUUCGUUGGAAAGGGUGGCAGUAGUCAACGUAGUAAGUGAGGUUAAAUAUCUAGGUCUCAUACUGGAUGCCUAUCUACAACUGAAACACCACGAAACCAAGUCACUCAUGGUGAAGCUUCUGCAAUGAAUGCAUUCUCAUUUUAAGCGUUUGUUAAGUUAGUUGAACUCAAGGCUUUAUCAUCAUUCAAGAUUAAAUCCUCAAAUAGAGGAUAUAUAAAUAUAUAAACUCUUUAGGGGUUGGAAAUCGCGUUCAGCUCCUAUGGGUUCUGGGACAUAAGGGCGUAAAUGAAAACGAGCUAGUUCGUGGGUUAACCAGAGACGGCGGUUUCAAAGCUAGAGGACUUAAAUAUUCUUUCUCAUUGGUACAACACACCAUCAAAGAAGAGUUGGUUCUAGGAUACCGGAACGGCGUUCCCACAACAAUCUACUCUAUAUUACCGGAACGACCCGGAUUUAUAUACGGCUUAGGAGUGUCACUUCAGCACCAUUCCCCAUAUGUAAGUAUGGGGAAUGUUUAUGCUGCUACAACAACAACAACAGGAGAACAAAGGCUACGGAACUUAAGAACAAACUGAAGAAUGCUCAUAGGCAUUCUAACUGGUCACUGCAGAUUGCGAAUCCGCCUGUACAGGCUUAGGAUAUAAGCUAGCGACCCUUGCUUAUUCUAUGACUCGCUCGAAGAAACAUUACACCAGAUUUGCUGCUCGCAUCCCAGUCUGCCUCUGUCGGUAUCUGUAUCGAUACUGCACCAGUAUUGGAGAGAAGUGCUCGACAUUUAUGCGAAUCUAAAAUUCACACAGAGAAACCUUUUUGCUAUAAACGAUUAGAAUUGUGCCAUUCAGUUUUUUUCUUUUUUCUAAAGAUUUGCUUUUUUGAAUUUGUGCCGUUAUAUAUCGCGAAAAUUCGUGCAUCUAUUUUUCGUAUUUUUUUGCCCUAAUAAGAGACCUCGGUGAUGCUCUCAAAAAUCAUUCGUUCUCACAAUUACCUCUUUCGACUCAUUUAAACGGGAACGCGGAAACAUUAAUAGCUUCAGCUUUAGCAAGCCCUCCAAUCUUCUGGACUACUUUUGAAUGAGCCACGGGGUUCCUGAUGUGAAUGCGGUUGAAUGUAGAGCCUAUAAUAAUGGUACUAUGGAACUCUACUUGGUCGAAUCGUUUUUGUAGCUCCGAUCUACCAGUACACCUUCACUGAUGCAUUUUCGAAACCGACAUUCUUAAAAGAAAAGCAAGAACAGUUUUUAACUGUCACUUGAGUACUUGAAUGAAGGACUCGAGUACAAAACGUGCUCAGUAUUUUAACAGAGCAUCGAAUAUUUACUCGUUGUUAUUUGCAUUGGAACAACACUAGGCACAAUAGACCUAAGGUCGAAAUAUACCUCACUUUCAUAUUCUAUCUUAGCUACAAUAAUGGAGGUAAUGCUCACAAUAAGGACUUUUUUUUUUUUUUUUUUUUUUUUGUAUAUAUGUAUGUAUAUUUAUUUUUACGUAUAUAUUGAUAAAGUGUAUACAAAGUUGGAAGAUUUCCUUUAAAAAUCCACGUACAAUAUUCUCGUACAAUAUAUUUAAAAAUCUAAUUAAAAAAUACGAAGCAUUACAAAGUAAAUAAAAUUAAAUUUGGCAAGCACA